GGAGAAAACUUCGUUUCUACCGGUGGCGGACCUCCUGUUUGCGUUUUUAAUUUUGUCAAACAUCAUCCGACCACCCUCCACCCCCACCUCUCUUUUCUCCUCCUCUUAUUCCACCACCACCUCCUCCUCCUCCUCCUUCUCGUCCUCCAACCGCCUUCACUUAUGAAAACAGCCACCGAGGAGACAAGACUACACAGCCUGCCUGCCAGCGGUCAGAGGGAAUCAAAAUAAUAAUUUAGUCAACAGCAGCACAGGAUUGGACCUUCACAAGGAUGCUACUCCCGCACAGACACUACUAGACGGUCCAAACAGCCGCUGCCAAUAUGUUUAGGCGAGGUUAUGGCGGGGUGGAGUUACUCUUGGUGCUGUGUGGCCUGGAUCUCUCUCUGCCGUGCCCUCGCCACUGCAUCUGCUACACGUCACCUAGCACCGUCUCCUGCCAGGCCCACAACUUCCAUGAGGUGCCCGAGGGCAUCCCUGCCCAGAGCGAGCGUGUCUUCCUGCAGAACAACAAGAUUCAGCGGCUGCUUCGCGGCCACUUCUCGCCCACCACCACCAUGCUGUGGCUUUACUCCAACAAUAUUUCCUACAUACAACCGUCCACCUUCCAUGGCUUUGACCGCCUGGAGGAGCUCGACCUUGGGGACAACCGGCACCUGAAGGCUAUUGCUUCAGAUACCUUCCUGGGUCUGGGUAGGCUACACGCCCUGCAUCUAUACCAUUGUGGCCUGAUCAGCCUGCCUCCAGGGAUCUUUGCGGGCCUCCAUAAUCUUCAGUAUCUCUACCUACAGGACAACCAGUUAGAGUUCCUGGAAGAUGAUCUGUUCAUCGACCUGCUGAAUCUCAGUCAUCUCUUCCUGCAUGGCAAUCGACUGUGGAGCCUUCGCCAAAACACCUUCCGUGGUCUGGGGGUAUUAGACCGCCUACUUCUCCACCAGAACCGAAUCCAGUGGGUUGACCGCCAGGCAUUCCAUGACCUGCGGCGCCUCACCACCCUUUACCUGUUUAAUAACUCCCUGACUGAGUUAUCUGGUGCCAGCCUGACUCUACUGCCUGCUCUGGAGUACCUACGACUUAACGACAACCCCUGGGAGUGUGACUGCAAGGCCCUGUCACUUUGGGAUUGGCUACGUAGGUUCAGAGGCUCUACCUCCUCACUCAUGUGUGUUUCACCACCAGAGUUGGUGGGGAAGGACCUGAAAAUGGUGAAGAAAGAGGAGCUGCCCAGUUGCUUGUCAAGCGAGGAUCAUGCACGUGGUGCCCCCGGUGGGGAGAUGGAGCAUGGGGAGUCCUUGAAUCACCUGAAUCGUCACAGAACCCAUCACAACCACCAUCAGCGGCCGUACUUGCCCCAUGGGGACCAGCACAACUCGCCUUCACCCUCACCUCUACCACGGCCGCCUAAGGGAGGCCGCAGAAACUGUACUCGACGGGGCCGCAAGGCGAAAGGGGGGCUCAAUGAGGUGCAGGUACUACAGGAGGAGGUUGAGAAGGACUAUACUCCAGAUGGAGGUAAAUAUGACCUAUCUGCAACUGCAAGAAGGAAGAACAAAUGCAUCCCCAGAACUUCUGUUGGCCCACCAAGUGGGGUCCAGAGAGCCAAUAAUAAAGCACAGUCACACCUUGCAGAUUAUAUUUUCUGUUUACCAUCAGCUCUGCUGCUCUCCCUCAUCUCUGUGAUCCUACGCUGAGACAGGAAAGAUGCAACCUUAUGAUUCAUUCUCCUGAACCACCCUGCCCUGGCUCUUUAAAUGAGGCAUGUGUGUAUAACUGUGUGUGUACAUGACUGUGUAUAAAGAACAUUAUCAAAUAUCUACUGUUGAAGUAUCCCUGCAGUAUUAAGGCAGGAUAUCUUUACAAGACAUAAUCAAACAUGGAAGUCAGGGAAAACAUUUAAGCCCAUAGCUUUUAUGAUGUCACCCAAGGAAACAACAGGAAAACUUUACAUUUGUCUCUGUGGCAUCGACUGCUUAACUGAAUUUAUGUACAGCCACAUAAAAUAACAAGUCAAUAAUUCAUUGAAAUAAGAGCAAGAAGAACAUGCAAUGAGGAUCAAAACAGUUCAAGACUUCUUCUCUAUGUUUAGCCCUCUUGACAAGACAGAGCUUUCUCAGCGCACGCUCCAUCUGUCAUUCACGCUGAGACAAAAGCACAGUCACUCAACAGCACCUUAAGAUGCAGAAUACUGGAGACACAAGCGGCAGUAAAAUGAGUCAUUUGAGCAGUAAUAACUAUAAUCACUUCAUAUCUGUUAAUAAAGUGAUUAUACUGACAGCAAGGUGAGCCCACUUUACUGUACUGUACAUCUGUACCCUUGGCUUUCAGUCUAAAUUCUAAGAAAACGCCACUGCAGUUGUGAUGCAUCUAUAUAACUGACACGUCUUUGAAUAAGCCCUGUUAAAAAGGUGUCUGUUUGUCCUUGUCAUGGCAAACCAGUUAAUUAAAAGCCAUUCAGAGCUAAUCUAUCAUAAGAGUCAACAGGUCACAGUCAGUGUAAAUGAGCAAGUGAAUGAGUGUUACUGUUUGUAUGCUUCUGUGUCCACAAAAAAAAAAAAAAAAAAAAAAAAAAAAGACAAAAAGACAAAAAAAA